AUGGUGGUUAAACGAUUAUUCAUAAAAGCGAGUGAUAACUAUGAUUCGAAUUUUCAGAUUGUGCCCGUGAACACUAAUCAACCAUUGGAGAUCAGUUCGCAGAUAGGGUUGUUUAGGCUUUUUAUUAAUAUCAAAAGCUUCGAUGGGUCAAAACAACACUUGUCCAAUAGCUUGUACAAUGAAGACGACAAGCAGUAUCUCAAUGGAGAAAAAAUCGACUUUAACCAGAGUAGUAAGAGUAAGGAUCCAGAUGAACCUACACCUAAUUUAAGAAUAAGCGUCGAGUUCACACCAAGCGAAAAUAUUCCUGGCGGAGAGUUGAAUUUUGGUAACGACUUUACAUAUCCUAUUAGGGAGUAUGUUCCAACCACUUUAUUGAACACUGGUCUCAAACUCUUUAAUUGGUUCAUCAACGAUACCGUCAAGGGCGAUAUCUAUAGCGAGAAGCCAUUCUUGUAUGGGUUGGCGUUAAAUAGUUUCAGUUACAUCGGUAUCAAUAAGUUUUACCCACCUGGCAUUGUGAAUAAAAAAUCGCACCCAAUGAAUUAUAUAGAGAAUUUGAAUCAGGAGUUGGAAACUGUUCCCAAAGACUCAAAUGGUAGAAAAAAGUUUUUCAAUACAAGGGAAAAAUGUAACCAGUUUACAUUUAAAAAGGAUACUAAUUAUGAUUUCCGGUUCGAUACUGAUUUUUUGAAACUUGCUGAUUCGAAAUAUUUGGUGUCAAUUCCUAAAUUCGACUUGGAUGUUAGUAGAUACGCUAACGAUACUUUGAAUAACGUCAAUUGGGUGAUUAAACAAAAUGGAUUCGAUGGUGUUGGUCAGGGGAAAUUGGGGUUGAUUAUCAACUUUGCAUUGGAAAUUGAGGAGGACACUAUCGAGCGAAGUGAGUUAGUGUCAUCGAGCGAAGCGAAAUAG